GGCACAUCACUGCAUUCUACCCUAAUCUCCCCCGCUCCCACACUGCUCUCAUUUGGCAGCAUUUGAUUCCCUUUUGAACUCUGUUAUAAGAGCUGCCCCUGAUCUGUUCAUCUUGCUUAGGGGCUUGCAGGCCACCUGGUGCAGGUAGAGCAUUAACUUCAUACUCUUUUUCAAGCUGAGCAUUUCCUCCUCACACUCACUGACUGAAGAGCCCUGCCCAUUGCAACCAAGGGUGGGGCAGGCAGCUUCCUGUGGGGGAAGAAUCGUAAGUUGCUGUAACUCCGUCCUUCCCCCAGCCUAAGGACAGUUCUCCUCCCACUUUGCCCAAUGGGAAAAAGUGCUAGUGGGUUAUGGUGGAAGUUUGCCUUCCUCCCUUAAUGGAUCUUGGGACUCAGAUCCAGACAACACCCUGAAGCUCUCGGUAAUCCCAGUGCUUCUGCUACCUGUGGUGCUGCUUAGGGAAGUUGUGGAGUUAGCCUGAAACUGAUGAAUUGCAAAACAGGCCGGGCUCUGGGUUAGCAAUCAGGGAGAUUGCAAAAGGUGUGGCUUGCUCAGGUAUCGAAGGCGGAGUCCCAUUGCCGGUUGGUGGGGGAAGUGGCUUGCCUGGGCUGUUCCUGUACUUUGCUCCUUCUGAAGAGUUUCACUUUGGCUGCUGCUGUUUGUUACUACUUUGCUUCACCACUUCAGAAGAGGGAUUUCAGAGGCUAACGAGGAGAGAUGAGACAGGUCUGUUCCGUGGGGUGCCUCUUCCCACAAGCACACUAGGAAUAAGUUGGAGUUAUUUCCCCUCUCUUCCCAGCUGGCUGAAGUGAUAUAAAUGAGGGGGGAGAGACUUUUCCAUUUGGGGUCUGGAAUGGAGAGCCAAUGAGAUACAGCGUCUGCCCUUCCAGACUAUAGACGCUACAGAGAAGGCGCUUGCGCCAGCGUUGCUACGAUUGUGUGACGGGAGAGGGAGAAGACGGCUUUUGAUGAGCAGAGGGAGCACAUACACAAGGCCCAUGGCUGGACCGGCGCUGGGCCACACAGAGUCCAAGCCCAGCAGCAAGUCCAACAUGCUGCGGGGCCGCAACUCUGCCACCUCCACCGAUGAGCAGCCGCACAUUGGGAACUACCGCUUGCUCAAGACCAUUGGCAAGGGCAACUUCGCCAAGGUCAAGUUGGCACGCCAUGUCCUGACGGGGAAAGAGGUGGCUGUGAAAAUCAUUGAUAAGACGCAACUCAACUCAUCAAGCCUGCAGAAGCUCUUCCGGGAAGUGCGAAUAAUGAAGGUUUUGAAUCAUCCCAACAUAGUUAAAUUAUUUGAAGUCAUAGAGACGGAGAAGACGCUGUACCUCGUCAUGGAGUACGCCAGCGGGGGUGAGGUGUUCGACUACUUAGUAGCCCAUGGAAGAAUGAAAGAGAAAGAAGCCAGGGCAAAAUUUCGACAGAUAGUGUCGUCUGUGCAGUACUGUCACCAGAAGUUCAUUGUACAUAGAGACUUGAAGGCCGAGAAUCUGCUGCUCGAUGCCGACAUGAACAUUAAAAUCGCCGACUUUGGCUUCAGCAAUGAGUUCACGUUUGGGAACAAGCUGGACACGUUCUGUGGGAGCCCUCCCUAUGCUGCGCCGGAGCUCUUCCAGGGUAAAAAGUACGACGGCCCCGAGGUGGAUGUUUGGAGCCUGGGCGUCAUCCUGUACACCCUGGUCAGCGGCUCGUUGCCCUUCGAUGGGCAGAACCUCAAGGAACUGCGGGAACGGGUCUUGCGGGGCAAGUACCGGAUCCCCUUCUACAUGUCCACAGACUGUGAGAACCUGCUGAAGAAAUUCCUCAUUCUCAACCCUAGCAAGAGAGGCACUUUAGAGCAAAUCAUGAAAGACCGCUGGAUGAAUGUGGGGCACGAGGACGACGAGCUGAAGCCCUACAUUGAGCCCCUCCCUGACUACAAGGAUCCACGGCGGACAGAGCUGAUGAUCUCCAUGGGGUACACGCGGGAGGAGAUCAAGGACUCGCUGGUCGGGCAGAAGUAUGACGAGGUCAUGGCCACUUACCUGCUGCUGGGAUACAAGAACUCAGAGCUGGAUAACGACAACAUCACGCUGAAGCCGAGGCCUCCGGCCGAGCUGGCCAACAGUAGCGCCCCCUCCCCCUCGCACAAGGUACAGCGCAGCGUUUCGGCCAACCCCAAGCAGCGGCGCUUCAGCGACCAGGUCCCUGCCAUCCCCACCUCCACUUCAUACUCCAAGAAGACCCAGAGCAACAACGCAGAGAACAAACGCCCUGAGGAGGAGCGUGAGGCUGGGCGCAAGGCCAGCAGCACUGUCAAAGUGCCCGCCAGCCCACUGACCGGGCUCGAGAGGAAGAAGAGCACGCCCACCCCAUCCACGAACAGUGUCCUCUCCACCAGCACCAACCGGAGCCGGAAUUCCCCCAUGCUGGAGCGGACUAGCCUGGGCCAGAACUCCAUACAGAAUGGCAAGGACAGUUUAACCACUCCGGGGUCCAGGGCUUCCACGGCUUCCGCUUCCGCCGCCGUGGGCUCCGCACGCCCGCGCCAGCACCAGAAAUCCAUGUCUGCCUCGGUGCACCCCAACAAGCCCACGCUGCCCCCCACUGAAAAUAACUGUGAGGCCCAGAGACCCAGCACUGCCCCCCAGAGGAUCCCGGUGGCUUCACCCUCUGCCCAUAACAUCAGCAGUGCCAUCCCAGAACGCACCAACUUCCCGCGGGGCAUCUCCAGCCGCAGUACCUUCCAUGCCGGGCAGCUCCGGCAGGUCCGGGACCAGCAGAACCUCCCCUACAACGUACCACCUGCCUCACCCUCUGGGAACAGCCAGGGGCGCAGGGGCGCCUCCGGCAGCAUCUUCAGCAAGUUCACCUCCAAGUUUUCGCGCAGAAAUGUGUCUUUCAGGUUUGCCAGAAGGAAUCCGCAUGAGCCAGAGAGCAAAGACCGAGUGGAGACCCUCAGACCUCACAUGGUGGGCGGGGACAAGGAGCGGGAUGAGAACCGAGAGGCCAAGCCUCGCUCACUGCGCUUCACCUGGAGCAUGAAGACAACGAGCUCCAUGGAGCCCAACGAGAUGAUGAAGGAGAUCCGCAAGGUGCUGGACGCCAACAGCUGCCAGUGCGAGCUGCAGGAGAAGUACAUGCUGUUGUGCAUGCACGGGGCACCCGGCCACGACUCCUUUGUGCAGUGGGAGAUGGAGGUGUGCAAGCUGCCGCGGCUGUCGCUCAACGGCGUGCGCUUCAAACGGAUAACAGGCACCUCCAUGGCCUUCAAGAACAUUGCCUCCAAGGUGGCCAACGAGCUCAAGCUUUAACCAGCCCCCUGCUGUACUGCACCCCACCUGCCCUGGGCCGUGACGAGGAGAUCCUGAGCUGCAGGAUCUCGCCACGGCGGUGUGCCGGGGGCACUGAGACGCAGACCCUCCUCUCUCGAGCUGUGUGCCCGGGAGGAACAUUGGAGACACUUCUGUCCACCUUGCAAGGACCCACAGCCAUGCACCAGGACAGAGGGUGCAGAAACAUGCCUUCUCUCCCCCACUGCUGUGCUGAGAUGCCCCCUGGCCAUGCACCAGGGGAGGGGGGCACAGCUGCCUCCUGUGCAGACAUGCGCCCCCCAGAGCGCAUGGGGGGGCCCAGAGCCGCACACUCCUCCCCUCGCAGGAUUGUAAUUAAUUGGAGAAAUGUUUAUUUUUUGAUACCCUGGUGGGGGCGGCAGCAGAGAUGGUGGCGGGGGGAGGGCUGGGGGGCAGCAUUGCCCUCCGCUGCCACCAGCAUGCAGGCUCCAGCAAAUCGUGGUACUGCCCCUCAGAUGCCUGCCAUGCUGGCCGGGAGCUCUUACCAAAAAAGAGAAGGGCUUCAAAAGCCAGAGAAGUCUGCCCCCCCUUCCCACAAUGCCUUUCACCCCUCACCUCUCCCCCCUUUCCCACAAUGCCUUUCACCCAGCCUCCUGCACAUGCUGACCUGUCCUUUCCCCACGGGGCAGGUUGCUUGGGGCUGGGCCUGCUGGGCUGGGUGCUGACAGCAGCAGGGAGCUGGGAAAGCCAGGCCCCACCUUCCUGCGGGUGCCCCCAUUGGGCAUUAAUAUGGGAGUGGGGUUGUUGGCAGCCUCUCCCCCAGGCAGCUGUAGCAUGUGAGCUCCCAGGCUGAGCCCCUGCCCAGAGUGGGGGUGAUGGGGCCCAGGCGGACAAGCCCCUCCCCAGCUCAGCUCACGCUGAGGGGGCAAUGCGGGAGGGGUGCUGCGGCUGGGCUGUGAGUCCCCAUCCACCCCCAAGCCUGGAGCACUUGGUUGACAGGUUCCCUCCGCCAGCUCACCCCGUCCCCCUCAGUCUGACAGUAGCUCCCCCAGCCUUCGAAUGGGACUCCAGCUGUGCCAUGUCCAAGACCCGAUGGGCGUCGGGCUGAAUCUGUGGCGGGGAGUGGGGGGGUUCUUAGCUGCAGCUUCCUCUCCCCCACUGCCUAUCCCUUGCUUGGAUGGAGGGUGCAGAUGGAUGCAUUCUCUCCCCUCCCCCCCCACCAUGUGCAUCUCACAAGUGGGGGAUAAUUCAUACCUAAUCUCCCCCGUCCCCCAGGACAGAGGUGGGGGCCUCAGGCUGGAGGGGUCUGAGGCCUCUUCCCCCGGGAGGCUCUGCCCUGAGCUGAGUCCCUGACUUAGACACAAUAAAGAGAAUGUUUUUAACCUGCACUGCAGCUUUGGUGUUCUUCCCCCCAGCUCUAGGGCUGGCUCCCCCCCAGCCCUGGAGCAGGCUGCCCCUGGCCUGCAUUGGGCACAGCUAGGUCCCCAGGGGGCAUUGGAGGGGCUGUCAGGUGUCAGGAGGGAGCCCUGAGCUCUCAGCGAGGGCCCUUCUCUGGAUCUGCCACCAGCUGUAGCUCAGCUUCCCCCUCUGUGCCCACCAGGGCUUUUGCUGUGCCCUCUGCCCUAUGUGGGGUGGGGCAGGGUCUCCCUGGGACUGGCUCAGUGAUGGGAGUUGGACCACCCCACUUGGUUCCCUAGCAGCAGUGGACACCGCUGGGGGCCUACCCUGAGCAGUGGAAGGGGCCUAGAGUUCUGGGGAGGGGGAGAGUCAGGACUCCUGGGUUCUAUCUAGCAACGGGGAGCUAGAGUGACACCUUCCCCCAGCCCAUGUGCCUGGCCCUGGCCCUGGCCCUGACCCCUGACCUGUUCCCUGUGCCAGGGACGAGGAGUUAUGGGAGCUGCGGGGCCCCCCAUGCUGGACUUUGGAUGAUUCUGUCAUUGGGGGGCUGUUUGGAAAUGCCACAUGAUUCCCUGGGGGGGUGGGGCUGUUACCUGGCCUGGGAACAGGGGCUCCUCCCACUCUCCAGCCAUUGGUUCUUUGCUCUGGCUCCCCCUCUGCCCGAGUACUGGCAGGGGGAGGGGAGGCCUUGCCCACAUGGCUGCAGUCCUGGUUGAGCCCAGAGCUGCUCCCCUGUCUUCUUGUUAGGCAUUAUAUGGGGGGUGCCCCCACAGGUACUUGAAGCCAAGAAUAGGCAGGGGGAAGGCAGCAGCUGUGUGGUGGGGGGGAGAGGGUCUAACAUCCCCCUCCAGUCACAGCUGGCCCUGGCUUAGCAGAGACCCCUCAGCCAGUGUUUCAGGGCCUAGCACUGGCUCCAUUACCCGCCCCGCAACAUUGGCUGUAGGAUUUCCCGUGCUCCCCCCCCCCCCCCCCGCACUGGCUGCACUAACACCACCCCCCGCCAGGCUUCUCCAUCCAUCAUAGCCACAUUUGUGAUGCUAAAUAAUGUACUUCCCUGGCCCUGGGGGCUGUUCCUUCCCCUUCCCCCCCCAUCUCUGCCCCCCCCAGCCUGUAUAUAUCUGUACUGAUACCUCGGUUUUGUGAGUGGUUUUAUUUUGUUUUAUUCUGAUCAGAAAAUGCCUUUUUUUUUUUUAAAUAAAAAAAAAAUCUGCUCUGGCCCCGACGCUGCCCCCUGCUGGUGGGUCAGGGAAUGGGCUCUAUGCUGCCCCCUUCUUGCAGGUGGGGUGGGCCCUGCCACUGUCCCCUCCUGGAGGGCUUUGGCCCCGCUGGGGCCCUGGAGCGGAGCAGUGAUUCGAUGUAGUUUUCCAGGUUCUAGAUUAAAACUUUCCAGAAAGA